AUGGUUCGGCGGGUUGCGGGCCGCGCGCUGCUGCGGGCCGCGCCGCUGCCGUGGCGCGUAGCCGCCGCCUCCUACGGUACUAUGACAACAUCUGCCAAAAUCCAAGUGAAUGGAGUCCACCUGCAUUAUCAGCAGACAGGAGAAGGAAACCAUGCAGUUCUUCUGCUUCCUGGCAUGCUAGGGAGUGGUCAAACCGAUUUUGGACCGCAGCUUAAGUCUAUGAACAAGCAGCUUUUCACAAUUGUUGCUUGGGAUCCUCGGGGAUAUGGACAAUCCAUCCCUCCACCUCGAGACUUUCCUCCAGAUUUCUUUGAGAGGGACGCAAAAGAUGCUGUAGAUCUUAUGCAGGCACUCAAAUUUAAGAAGUUCUCUUUGCUGGGAUGGAGUGAUGGUGGCAUUACAGCACUGAUUGCAGCUGCGAAGUACCCAGCUCUUAUCCACAAGCUGGUGGUUUGGGGAGCAAACGCCAGUGUUACUCAAGAGGAUGUGAGAAUUUAUAAUGGCAUCCGAGAUGUUUCCAAGUGGAGCGAAAAGGUUAGGAAACCAUUGGAAGAGAUGUAUGGACAUAAAUACUUUGCAAAAACUUGUGAGGCUUGGGUAGAUGGAAUAUGUCGCUUUGCAGAAAAAUCAGAUGGUAAUAUCUGCCAAGAGUUGCUGCCUCUCAUUAAAUGUCCCACAUUUAUAAUUCAUGGAGGGAAGGACCCUUUGGUUCCACGCGCGCAUGCGGAAUACAUCCAUGAGAACAUCAAAGGCUCUCGGUUCCUUCUGAUGCCGGAAGGAAAGCAUAACCUACACCUGCGCUUCGCAGAAGAAUUCAACAGACAAGUAGAAGACUUCUUAGCAUGAUCUGAAACUUAAAAUAAGUUACAAAAGAGGUGGUUUUCUUUUGUCUGUUUAGCCAUUUUAAUUGCUUUUCCAUUUUGAUUCGAGUUCGAUAGGUUUGAGUCAGAGAGGAAAGAAUGUCAGGUUUGCAUAAGCAACCUGAGAAUGCAGCGAGCCUGUGGAGCACAGCCCUUGCAUGCCUAAAGUCAGGAUUUCAGAACAUAAGAGGAGACAGUGAGCUGCAGUGGGUCAUAGCACUGCUGUGCUGCAGGAUUUCUGACAUGCCUUUAAGCUUAUUUCAUAUCACACUAGCCAAAUGGCCUCUAGUGAUUCAACCAAGAUAUUUUAAAAAAUUUAAAAAAAAGACAUAAAACACUGUCUAGAAUACAUGCCUUUAUGUGAUCUUAACAUUAAAAGACAAAAAGACAUUGUAAUAAACU